AUGAUCCUGCUGAUCACCGUACUCAGCCUGCUCCUCAGCAGUAUCUACUGCUUGGAGGGGAUGGCUUAUGCUGCUUUCGAUAAUGAUGAUAUCUAUCAAUCUCGCCUGCCUGAUUUCCGGGACCCGACUCCCUCCUAUGCCCCUACACCUGGCCGUGAAUGGACGCCAUCUGUUCUCUGUUCAUCCCCCGACCCCGACCCUUUAAUAUUCAGUGAACGUUCAUCGCCGUUGCAUAAAUCGCAGUCUGAUCAACUUGAUUUUAUGCAAGAAGGUGAGGUGGAUGACGGAGGAUUAGACUAUGUGCAUUACCAGAUCGAGUGGAGGGUAAAACUGAAUAACCGUGUGGUGGCAAAGGACACUGAACAAGACUUGGCCCUGCCACCUAGAUCCUACUGGGAGCGGAUAAAGGACACAGCUGGAAAUAUUCUACGGAGAAAGAUUGCCCAUAACCGACGGCGCUUUGAAGGCGCUAAUGUUGAUUGGACUACGGUAGAGAACCAGCUGCUGAAGUGGGCCAAUCUCUACCGUCUUGGCAAAAAACUCCGAAUUCAGAUUACCAUUAACUAUAUAGAUGAUCAUGGCCGACUUUCAUCAAGAAGUGAUAAGAGAGGAAAAUCAUCCGUCACUAAGGGAAUGAUUACGGAACGUGACGCCGAGAUGGAUGCCGAGCAGGCUUCCGGGGGUCAUGGAGUCUGGCGAGAUGUGUAUAGGAUCAUGCGUUGUCCUGGACCUCCAUGCCGCCACGAAGGACAAUACUGCUGGCAGGAUCCGCACGGAAAAAAGCAUUACAGAUUACGUACAAACCACUUGAAGAUGCUCACCAGAUACGUGCAGCAGGGAGGGGUCAUCGAAACACAUGACGACAUUCCGGAUAGCCUUCGUGAACAACUUUAUGCCGAGGAAAGCCAGCGGCUUGAACGACGAAACAAAGGCUCGGACAGCUUAACAUGUGGAUCAUGUCACCCAGUCCACUUUCAUCUUCCAUCUCAAAUGCCCAUUCCUACAACUAGCGCUGCUGCUGAAAGUACGGCCCCAGCUCCUAAGCAGACUGAUACAAUCGAUAUUCCUGGACUUCUCGAUAUAGCCGUCAAAGAAUAUGCUGCCUGGCACCAGUCACGGGUGAGCAGUCAGACCUUUAGGGAGAAUAUACAGAAAGCUUGCGAUCUGGCCCUUGAAAAUUGUCUGGAUCUCAAGCAAAUCCACGACGAUCAAGAUGCGGAUUUCUUUGUAAAAAACGGCGUGAAAGCAGGAGCCGCCCGGCGAUUUGUUAGCGAUAUCGCCCGCUGGGUGACGCGGAACAGGGAUGCGAAUGAACUUGGGGAGUGA